UGGCGCACACCGCCAUCGAGCGCACCGGGCACGGCACGGGCGAACCCGACUGUCGACGCGUCGCCCGCCCGUUGCCGCAUCAUCGCGGUCGCCCGACUCGAGGGCUCCACCUCCACUCCGCUCCGCUCCCAAACGGUGAAGUGAGCCGGGGCCCGUGCGUGCCUGCCGUCCCGUGAAGCCGUGCUCGUGACCGUCCCCCGCGCCCCCGCCCCCGCCCCCGGGGUCGGCCGCCGGUUUCCUGCGACCUCGAAUCCGCGUGCGCCGCCCGCCGGCCCCCUAAAUCCGCCUCGCCUGCAGGCACCACGCACCCGGGCGGGCCGCCACAUCACACACACCCCAGCCGAUCUCCUCACCUCACCGCCCCGCCCCGCCCGGCCCCGCCCGCUUCUUCUCCCUCUCGCCAUCCCUUCUGCUAGCGCCGCGGCGGAGGCGCAGAUCCAUCGGGGGAACUCGAUUCCGCCACCGCCCCCCCUUUCCUAGGCUGGGAUUGGAUUGGAGCGUAGCCUCUUCCCAGCACCACGCGAAAGCCAUGACCAUUAAGUUGCUCCGCUGACGACUCCUCGGACGACAGCACGGCUGCUCUGACCCUCUCGCCCACGCUGCUGCCCUGACAGGUAAAAGUCAGGGGUCAAUAAUCAUGGACAGAAGAUCCGGGGCGAUCCUAGCGUGCCUGCUCGUCGUCGUCGUCCUGGUCCGGGACGCGGCGGCGGUCGCCGAGACUGAGCCUGGCAGUGUCCGGCUAGUGCAGGAGGCGCCCCAUAGGAAGGUGGUGGAGGAUGGGUCCGCCAAGGCGGGGAGGGUGCCGGUGUCGACCGUCGCGUGGUCGACGCUCGCCAUGGCCGCGGCGACGGGGCUGGGAGCUGUGCCCUUCUUUUUCAUGGAGCUCGAAGCGCAGUGGGCGGGGCUCUGCAAUGGGAUGGCGGCUGGGGUGAUGCUGGCGGCCAGCUUUGAUCUUGUGCAGGAAGGGCAGGUGUAUGGCAGUGGGAGCUGGGUUGUGUUUGGAAUACUCGGUGGAGGUAUAUUUAUUUGGCUUUGUAAGAAGUUUCUUGAGCAAUACGGAGAAGUAAGCAUGCUGGAUAUAAAAGGUGCAGAUGCAAGUAAAGUUAUUCUUGUUGUUGGAAUAAUGACUCUUCAUUCUUUUGGAGAAGGCUCUGGUGUGGGUGUUUCCUUUGCUGGCUCAAAAGGGAUCUCUCAGGGCCUUCUAGUUACUAUAGCUAUAGCAGUGCACAACAUACCAGAAGGCUUAGCAGUAAGCAUGGUUCUUGCAUCUAGGGGGGUGUCCCCCCAAAAGGCAAUGAUAUGGAGUAUCAUUACAUCUUUACCACAGCCAAUUGUUGCUGUUCCUGCAUUCCUUUGUGCUGAUGCAUUCCAGAAGGUGCUUCCCUUCUGUACUGGUUUCGCAGCAGGAUGCAUGAUAUGGAUUGUUAUAGCUGAGGUUCUUCCUGAUGCUUUUAAGGAAGCAACUCCAUCUCAAGUUGCUUCUGCUGGAACACUUGCUGUUGCUUUCAUGGAAACAUUAAGUACGGUGCUUCUGGGAUUUACAGAUGGCAACAACUCGGAAGAUGCAUCAGGCUUCUUAGUAUCACUUGUGUUUGGACUUGGUCCACUGAUCGGUGGAAUUAUACUAGUCACAUUCUCUCUUGGCUUCAGCAUGCCACACCCUCUUCUUACUGGUGUUGCAUCUGGUAUUGCUUUCCGUCUUGCGGCAUGGAGACCUGUGCAGCUUCUAAUGUCCUCAAAAAUGGGUCUCUUUACCACCCUCUUCCUCCUCAUUGGAGGUUCCCUGGUCUAUCAUGCUGCUACAUCAAGCAUCCUUAGAGUGUUUAAUCGCAAAAGAUCUUCCGCAAAUGUGAUCACGUCAUCCUCUGGCCUCUCUCUUAGUGUCCUCACAAUACAAUCACUCCUUGCUUGUGGUGCUGUAUUCCUUCACGCAUAUGCAGAAGGGCUUGCACUUGGUGUAGCGGCUCGCAAGGCUUAUGGCCUUGGCCGUUACAUGGUUCUCCCAGCCUCCCUCCAUGGUCUUCCGCGGGGUGCUGCUGCUGCAAGCUGUGUGUAUGGUGCUACAGAUAGCUGGCGUGGAGCCCUUGCAGCUGCUGCUUUGACAGGGUUUGCAGCACCAAGCGCUGCCAUCAGCGCAAUCCUUGCAAAGAUUGACUAUGAUGGACUUGACUACUGGAUGGUAAUAGCAUGUGGGGCACUAAUCCCCAGCUUUGGCCGUGUCUUCAGGCGCUCACUGCGGUUGGACAUGCGGAAGAGCAUUGUUGGCCUGCUGAUAGGUAUUGCAUUUGCCUCCGUGUGCUUGAUGUCGACUAGAUUCAUCUGUUUGCACACUCCUUACUGUAACUCGGCUCCAGAAGCAGUCACAUAACUCAUGCUGGCCUGUGCUGUUGUAAAACACAUGUAAUACUAGUGUAAUGACAAUACAAAGGAUGUGGAAGGUUAUAUAUAUUGCAUCGAAGAGAUCUCUUACAUCGGUAAAUCAAAGGGAAACGUACAUUGAACAGAAUGUGCCUUUUUCUCGCU